AAUCCAAUGACCAAAACAUAAUUCUUCGUGAAGAAAUGGCCUACGUGGAAACUUAAAACUGCAGACAGAUUGGUACAACUGCCCAUCGACAACAAUCAUGGCAAAUAUGUCGACAAUUUACAAGCUUUCUUUGCUCGCACUAACUUACUUCAUGCACGUCGGUGGGUCGACGUGCCCGGUUCUGGAGUGCUGGUUCGUGCAAGAGAAGCCAGGCAGAGGGUUCCCUGCUGCUAUGACCCAGGAGAAAUCUCUGUUGAUCAUCGUAACCAACCCAGAAAGCCAGGGAACCGGGUCACUGAAACCAUCGUCAGACAUAAACCCAGAGAGGGUCUACUACAUCACAGACCCUGCUGCCACCUUCUGCCACUCCUCCCUCCACCCACCAGGGGGUGCUGUGGAGAAACCCCAGUGUGAGCUCAACCCCUUCCUGCCUCAGCCGUCCACCGUCCAAUGGGCCGCCCCGCUAACAGACUCUGCCCUCAGCCCCAUCUACCUGCAAGCUGAUUGGUACUCUGCUGCCUUGCAGGGCCUUGACAGACAGCUGACCCUGUCCAGUGUCAUGCGUGCUCCCACGGCAACUAAAGAACCCCAAGUGAUCCUCAGUGUGUCCAGCAGAACUGUGAGGGUCCGGUCCAGACUGGGAGAACCGGUUCUCCUGGACUGUGGGUUCUGGGUGGACCCCUCCUCUCCCCUCUCCGGCUCGGGCUUUGCCGUGGAGUGGCGGUACCAGUUCAGGGGCGACGGACGAUUGGUCCUGGCCUACGACGGCAAGGGCGACCGAUUGGCUGAUACCUGGGAGGCAGGGGCGGGGCUGGACAUCGACGCCCUCCACAAGACAGGAAACGCAUCACUGAUCCUGCAGGAAGCCCAGGUGCGCCACUCUGGAACUUACAUCUGCACGGUGUAUCUGCCCUAUCUGCUGGCUCAGGUGGCGGUGGACCUGGAGAUAGUGGAGCCCCCCUCCCUCUCCAUCUUCCCCUCCCCGCUCCCCCUCUCCGCCCCGGGCCAGCUGGUGGUGGUGCAGUGUGAGGCGUCAGGCUUCGCCCCCCUGUCCCUGGAGCUGGGCUGGGAGCUGAGCGGGGCAGGGGGGGUCCAGGACCUGGGCCGGGGCAGCGUGACGGGCCACAGGCAGGCCUCUGACGGCACCUACAGCCAGAGCUCCCGUCUGGAGCUGGACCCAGCCAGGGUGGGGGGUGAGCGGGGGGGGCAGGUCAGCUGUGUGGCCGUCCACCAGGGGGGCACCCGACGAGUCAGCGUCUCCCUCAACGUGAUUGGAAUCAGCACUCCCUCUAUUGAGGAUUCCAUGGCGAUGGUUGCCGUGGCGCUGGGACUCUAUGGUUUGAUGAAGGUGUUCUCCUGGACAAUCAGCAGCUCUGACUCCACUGCUGCUGACACACAGGAGAAGAAGGAGAAUUAAACAAUAGGAGCUGCAUGGUGGUGCCUGAGAACUGAAGAGACCAGGACUGUUUGUAAAUGUGCACGUUUAUACUUUUCUCUAAAGAAGUAAAGUGGCUGAUUGGUUGUUAAUAUUCUUCUUUCUCUCUGAUGAUAUUGCAGUAGAGACAGUAAUUUACUGUUAGUUUACUUUUUUAUAACAAAUCUAUGCUGUGUUAUGAAUCUAAAAACAGAAUAGAAUGGUACACCGGAUUCAAGAUGAACGCUGAAUGAUGAAUCUCAGCAGAAGCCUGAUUAAUUUGAAUCAGGUGUGUUGGAGCAAGGAAACAUCUAAAACAUGCAGGGCAGGAGGUCCUGAUGACCAGGGUUGGGAAACACUGAUCUAGAUCUCAUACAGAUAAAUGUGUCUCCACUAGAUGGUGGCGAAAUACCAUGUGUUGCCCACCACCAUAGAAAAAGAGCGUCAUCUAGUGGUUAUGAAGGGUGAUUGCAAGUCUCCCUCUUUCUCUCUUUUACUCUGUAUUGCUCUCCCUCUCAUCUCUUUCUCUCUCCUCAGUGGUCAAAGAUUGAGGAGAGUAGAGUUACAAACACAAUGUUUGGUUAGUACUGUUUGGUUUCUAUGUAAGAUACUUUCUCCUGUUUGGACUAGAUUGAAUAAAACAACCAUAUUAUAAUGGUUUUGUGUUUCAUGUGA